AUGAACGGUAUGAGUUCUGUGAAUUCUUCACCGUUCAAAAGUCCAAUUCAGUCACCGGUGAAAGCAAGUGAUCGUUACAUUCCUUUGCGUUCGUCUCAUUCAGCAACAAAUCUUCAUUUCGACACACCGUUAUCUCCGCAGAGUAGUUGUGCGUCCUCUUCGGUAAUAUCAUCGCCGAAGAAACGAAAAUAUGAACAAAAUCAAGCUGGUCUUGGUGUAGGAGUGACAGGCAGUGAACCAGAUUUAGCCAUGUAUCAUCAAUUAUUGAAAAAUACAUUAUUAAAUACGAACGUUGAUGUUCUAAAAACAUCCGAUAUUCAAAAUGAGUGUAUAAAACCAGUAACAACAACCAUAACAGAUCGUUCUGCAACGACACCAAACGAUAAUGGUUCAUCAUCACCGUUAGGCUCUUCUAUAUUUAAGUAUUCUGAACGUGUUGAAAAUCCACCACCAACAUCAACAAUAAAUAAGACACAUUUUAGUCGUUCACCACUUUCUUCCGCUAAUAUUCAUUUAUUAUAUUCACCAAAAAAAACUAUUAGACGUAUACCAAAAAUUCCGUAUAAAGUAUUAGAUGCUCCAGAUUUACAAGACGAUUUUUAUCUAAAUCUUAUUGAUUGGUCACAAACAAAUAUUUUAAGCGUUGGAUUAGGUUCAUGUGUUUAUUUAUGUCAUGCUCAAACAAAUAAUGUGACACUAUUAUGUGAUUUAACACAAUCUCAAAUUCAGAACUCACACUAUAUGUCUUUACAUCAACAACAUCAAUCGGAUAGUGUGACAUCAGUAGCGUGGGCAGAUAGAGCCAGUUUAUUAGCCGUUGGUACUCAUCGUGGUCACGUUCAUAUUUAUGAUGUUCAAACACAAAAACGUGUUCAAACAAUCUCGAAGCAUAGUGGUCGUGUUGGUGCAUUAGCAUGGAAUGAAUGGGCAUUAUGUUCCGGAUCUCGUGAUCGUUCAAUAAUUGAACACGAUAAUCGUACAUCAACAACAGUUCACACAUUUCAUGGUCACACUCAAGAAGUUUGUGGACUUAAAUGGUCAACAGAUAAAUCUAUUUUGGCAUCAGGUGGCAAUGAUAAUCGUCUAUUAUUGUGGAGUAAUACACAUCAAACAAAUUAUUUACAAUCAUUUAAUGAUCAUUUAGCGGCAGUUAAAGCUAUAGCGUGGUCACCUCAUCAACAUGGUCUCUUAGCUAGUGGUGGUGGUACAGCAGAUCGACAUAUUCGUUUCCGUUCAUCAUUAACAUGUCAAACAUUGAGUGUAUGUGAUACGGGCUCUCAGGUAUGUCAAUUGGUAUGGUCAAAAAAUUCACCGAAUGAAUUGGCUAGUACCCAUGGAUUCUCACAAAAUCAAAUUGUUGUCUGGAAAUAUCCGACUAUGCAACCAUUAGCAAAAUUAUUUGGUCAUCAACAACGUGUUUUAUAUUUAUCAAUGAGUCCAGAUGGUGAAUCGAUCGUAACAGGAGCAGGAGAUGAGACACUCCGUUUUUGGCAUGUAUUUGCUAAAUCAAAGUGUGUUCGAAAUCCAGAUAAUACUCAAUAUAUGUCUUGUACUGAUAAUGUUCAUGUAUUAUGCAAUUGUUCAUUAUCUAAAAAUAUCAGUUCAUCUGUUUAUGAAACAUUAGAAGAAUUUGAUUUUCGUCGAGGUAUAUGGUCACAUGCACAAAACAAUGAUUAUGAUGAAUUAAAAAAAUUUAUUGAAGAUAAAAAGUCUACAUUAAAUAUAAAUCAAAAAGACAGUAGUGGCUAUACAGCAUUGCAUUACAGUGUACGUCAUCAACCAGCUAAAAUUGUUUUAUUAUUAUUAGAAAAUAAAGCAGAUCCAAAUAUAGUAACAAAUGCCGGUCAUUCAACACCAUUACAUCGUGCAGCUUUAUUUAAUAAUUUAGAAGCAGUCAAAUAUCUUAUUGAUUAUGGAGCUAAAGUUGACAUAAAAGAUAUUGAUGGUUUAACGCCAUUGGAACGGGCCCAACGACAAUCUCAUACACAAAUUGUAGAAUUUCUGAGUCAGAAUAUAAAGAAAUAA